CUCUCUGAGGUAAGGGAGGAGGAGCAUGGAAGGAAGGAGUCUGGGGUGAGAGCAGUAAGGGGAACCUGCUCAGUGACCUGGCUGGUGGGCUGAGUCACAAAGAGGAAUCUGGAGCGACAGAGGGGCAGCACAGUGAGAAACAGAUAGUUGGCCUGGCAGAGCUAAUCCCUAGAAUGACCAGGAGGUCGUGCCAUCCUAUGAUAACAGAACCACAGCAGAAACCACUGCCUGCCACUAGCUCUGGCCGUACAGCCCAGGGCCCUCCCUUAGUUCCUGUAUGCAGGGUGACCCUUCUGACUUCUGCAGUCACAAUCUACAUCCUGUCAGCAGCUGUUCUACAUGCUGCCGGCUCUCAAGCUUCAUAGAGCAGCAGCCAGGCUGCCAAGCUGGAAAAAGGGAGCAACCGUAAGGUGUAUAGGCCAGAGGUCAUCUGCCUCAUCUCCCAGCUGGCAUCCAGGACAGAAUCUGAGGAUCGAGAACAAGAAAUCUGACAUGGUCCUCUUGCUGAUGUGUGAGGAAACUGAGGCCUUGUCCAAUUAAAGAAAUGAUGGCACGCAGACUGUUUUUAGCUGCCAUCGGGAAUGGAGAUUCGCUUUGCCCCUCUGCCAGCCCGAGUAAUAUAAAAUGAAUGGGAUGAGGCUAGCAAAGCAAAACCAUCCACGCUUCAGAAAAAAUGGGGGGAAGAAACAGUACCUUGUGUGGCAGCAUUGCCCCAGCUCUUUCUCUCAGUAUUGCCCAUCCCAACGUGGCACCUGGUCUCCCUCCGUGCGCAGAUUGGGCAUGCACAGGUCUGGAGCGCACAGAGAGAGCCCGCCCAAUGAGGAACGUCACUCCGGUUUCAAUGCACACACGCUGGAGGAAGCAGGAGGGCAGCCGCCGCCAACAAACACUCCGUUAGCAAAGGCAGUAAGCCCGGCUGCAUGCAGUCGGCACUCGAGGCAUUAUCACACCGAAGGAGAGAGCGCCAUGUGCCGCCCAGGACUAACCCGGCUGCUGCUCUUCCAUCUGCUGCUGAUCAAGCUGCACACUGGCAAAGGCGCCGCGAAGGAGUGCGAGGAGGAUCAGUUCCAGUGCCGGAACGAGCGCUGCAUCCCCGCCAUCUGGAAAUGCGACGAGGAUGACGAUUGCUCGGACAACAGCGACGAGGCGGAUUGCCUGAAGAAAACCUGUGCAGAAUCAGACUUCACCUGCAACAAUGGCCACUGCAUCCCAGCCAGAUGGAAGUGUGACGGUGAAGAGGAAUGCCCUGACGGGUCUGAUGAAUCAGAAGCGACAUGCACCAAACAAGUGUGCCCAGCUGAAAAAAUUAGCUGUGGAGACUCAAGCAACAAAUGUAUCCCAUCAUCCUGGAGAUGUGAUGGGGAGAAAGACUGUGAAAGUGGAAUUGACGAGGCUGGUUGCACUACUGUCAAUGAUAUGGAAUCCAAGUUGGAACUGCUGAUAACUCUGGUCUGUUCUUCCAGUGAGUUCCAGUGCAGUAACAAGACCUGCAUAGCCAUGAUCUUCGUGUGUGAUGGUGACGACAACUGUGGCGAUGGCAGUGACGAGAGGAAGUGCUCACCUCUCACCUGCAACCCUAAUGAGUUCCAGUGCAACAACAGCGUGUGCAUCCCAGAACCCUGGGUCUGUGACAACCAGCCCGACUGUGAAGACCACUCAGAUGAAUCAAUGGAGAAGUGUGGCUACAAAGUCAAGCCUCAGGUGCUGAACACCUGUGCAGCCCACGAAUUCAGGUGUGGCAAUGGGGAGUGCAUCCAUUUGAACUGGAAGUGCGAUGGCGACGAGGACUGCAAAGACAAGUCAGACGAGCAGGAUUGUUCACUGGUGACCUGCCGCCCUGAUGAGUUCCAGUGUGGGGAUGGGACCUGUAUCCAUGGAGCAAAGCAGUGCAACAAGGUACACGACUGUCCUGACAACAGCGAUGAGGCAGGCUGCAUUAACGAGUCCACGUGUGAAAGCCCCAGGAAGUUUCAGUGUAAAAAUGGAGAGUGCAUUGAUGGAGUCAAAGUGUGCGAUUCACAUAGAGACUGCAGGGACGGGUCUGACGAGCCUGUGAAAGAAUGUGAACAAAAUGAAUGCUCGAUCAACAACGGUGGGUGCUCACACAUAUGCAAAGACUUGAAGAUUGGUUAUGAAUGUGAAUGCCCUCCCGGAUACAAGCUUCUGGAUAAAAAAACGUGUGGAGACAUAGAUGAAUGUGAGAAUCCAGACGCUUGUAGCCAGAUCUGCAUUAAUUACAAGGGAGACUACAAAUGUGAAUGCUACGAGGGAUACGAGAUGGACACCCUGUCCAAGAACUGCAAAGCCGUAGGCAAGAGUCCAUACCUGAUCUUCACCAACCGCCACGAGGUACGCAAGAUAGAUCUGGUGAAAAGGGAUUACGCUCGCAUCAUCCCCAUGCUGAAGAAUGUGGUGGCUUUGGAUGUGGAGGUGGCAACAAACAGGAUAUACUGGUGUGAUUUGUUCUACAGAAAGAUAUACAGUGCCUACAUAGACAAAGCCAGCGACACAGCCGAGCAGGUGAUUUUGAUAGACAGUCAGCUAAACUCCCCCGAAGGCCUGGCGAUGGACUGGAUUCACAAGAACAUCUACUGGACAGAUUCAGGAAACAAGACCAUCUCUGUGGCCACUGCUGAUGGAAGCAAGAGGACGACACUUUUUAGCACUGAGCUAAGCGAGCCCAGAGCCAUUGCAGUUGAUCCGACACGAGGAUACAUGUACUGGUCUGAUUGGGGUGACAAAGCUAAAAUUGAAAAAUCUGGCCUGAACGGUAUGGAUCGGCAAGUGCUGUUAACAGACAACAUUGAGUGGCCGAAUGGCAUCACACUAGAUUUGCUAAAUCAGCGUCUCUAUUGGGUGGACUCCAAGCUGCACUUACUUUCAAGCAUUGACUUCAAUGGCGGCAAUAGGAAAGUUCUCAUCUCUUCUGCUGAUGACCUGAGCCACCCUUUCGGAGUAGCUGUGUUUGAGGAUAAGGUGUUCUGGACUGACCUGGAGAAUGAGGCAAUCUUCAGUGCAAACAGGUUGAAUGGCCUGGACAUCUCCAUUUUAGCAGAGAAUCUCAAUAACCCCCAUGAUAUUGUAGUCUUUCACGAGCUGAAGCAGCCGAAAGCUCCUGAUUCCUGUGAGCUCAGCUCCCAACCCAAUGGAGGUUGUGAAUAUCUGUGUCUUCCCGCACCCCAAAUCUCUCUCCAUUCCCCCAAGUAUACGUGUGCCUGUCCUGACAACAUGUGGCUGGGCCCUGAUAUGAAGAAAUGCUACAAAGAUCUUCCAGCUGCCUCAACAACUGAGCCGGUUUCAGCCAUCACCACUACUAUGAUUUCCACCAUCAUCGCAGCUACAACUAGCAACAUCAGCAAUGCCAGUAGAGAGAACUCAGGAGCUGUAUCACAAUUCUCCAUCACAACUCUAGGUGUUGACUUACCCACAACCACAUCCAGCCUAAUAGGCACAAAGAUAAUGACAACUGGAAAUAGCAAUUUAUCCCAGCACUAUGCCAAUGAUGGGCAAGGUUUUGGAUCAACUGUUACAGCAGCCAUUAUUGGAAUUGUAGUUCCUCUUGUGGUCAUUGGUUUGCUGUGUAUGGGAGGGUACCUCAUCUGGAGGAACUGGAAAAGGAAGAACACUAAAAGCAUGAACUUUGAUAACCCUGUGUACAGGAAGACAACAGAAGAAGAGGAUGAAGAGGAAAUCCAUAUUGGGAGGACUACACAAAUUGGGCAUGUCUACCCAGCACGUGUAGCAUUGAGCCUGGAAGAUGAUGGGUUACCAUGAGGACCAAGUCGCUGCUCUAGUCCCAUACCUAAUGGAAUAAUAUGCACUGAACAGAUUCACUUUGGAUCAUGGAAACUCCCCCCCUUCCUUUUCUUCCCCCUAAUUAAUUACUAUUUAUGUUGCAGAAGGGUAACCACAAAGUUAUAAUGAACUGCAAACAUCCAAAGGAUGUGAGAGUUUUGUAUGUAUAAUCUUUUAUACACGUUUUAACUUGUUGCACUACCCAUACGUGAUAGUGACGAGGCUACUGCUGAGCUACUAACCCAGUAUACAUAACCAGCCGGGUUCAAUAGCUAUGUGUCAUUUUAAAACUAUAUUUAUAGAGGUUUUGUAAAUAGGUUGAACAUGCUUUGUGGCUAUCCAUCAACAUAAGUAAAAAAAUGCUAUACAAGCAGUUUAGAAUAUUUAUUAACAAAAUUGGGAGAUAAGAUUUGUUCUGUAAAGAGGGGUGAGAGUAUUUAUUUUUUGUAUGUUUGGCUUGCUGUGCAUAUAUCUAUCUAGACUAGAUAGAUAUAUAGACAUAUAAAUAUAUACAUAUAAAUAUAUUUUAAAACUACUAGCCCAAGUCUAUGGGAAUUAGGGGGAUUGAAUUCUUAAGGAAUGUUUAUGGAAAAUUUGCUUUGAAGUCUAAAGCCAUUGGAGUAAGAAACAGCUGUACAAUAGGAUAAUCAAUGAUUCUGUAAAAUGAAUGAAGCACUCCUGUAAUGAAUUUCUGCUGUCAAAAUGGUUUACUUUGUAUUUCAAGCCCAGACAAAUGUACUGACCAGGACUCAGGCACUACACACUUGAUUUCCUUUUUUAAAAAAAUCUUUACAUCAAAAACGUCUUCAUACUGUAACUUCUCUUCACUUGGUGUAUCUCACACAGAAGAAACUCCUAUAGGUUUCAACAUGGCUUUAUGCCAUGUCUGUCUCCAUGGGGUUACUUGGUGUAGGAUUUUUUAAGAAAACCUAAAUCUGUCAUUUUUUUUCUCCUCCAUGGGAAUCUUGUUUACAGCUUAUAAAAAAUGAUUAUUUUCUCUGUCUGGUAAUCAUAUAUCAACUCCCUGGAGAUAGCUCAUCACAAAAUCUUUCUUUAAUCCUUUUAUUGCUGUGCUGCUACUGACUGUUAACACUGUUAAAAUGAAUGAAGUGUUAGGAAGCACAGAGAUGCAGUCCAACUUGCCAUACCUGGAAU